GUAGGCCCACAUGUAGUUUUUCAAUUUGGCAAACAAGUUCGAAACUCAGGACCACACGUACAUGUGUACAAGGUCUGUCCACGAUGCAGAGUACACCUGGAGUGGGGCGUGGAGUGACCGUGGAUUUCAGCGAGCAUGUUCCUUCUCCCACCUCCCGGCACGCAAGCAGCCAAUCAGCAGUCAGUCCACCUAGUCAGAAACUAAAGCCCGGUCCAGCAUCUUCUGACAUGUCCCGCUUGAGAGUUGCUGCUAAUCUUGGGCCAGGCUUCACACACAGUGAACACCCCUCAUUCAGACCCGACAGCAUGGAACCCCCAGGCUCCUUGCACCAGCAUGCGCAGCAUCAACAGGUGCUUCAUCAGGAGUACCAGAGACAAUUUCAGCCUAAUAAGCCUGCAAAGCAGCCCUCUGCAAACCAAUUUGAGCCUCCCGGAACUCAGGGCCAUCUCCCUCUUCACGCAGCCAAUGAAAAGAAACAGUGGUUUGUAAAUUUUGAUCAGCAGCAGCAGCAGAUGAUUGAACAGCAACAACUACAUUCACCAACAGCAACCACUGCGGCAACACCUCGACAACAGACCAUGCAACAGCAGCUUCACGCGCCUGCACCUGCACCAGUGCCUCCUCAGCAACAUUUCCAGCGAGUACAGAUUCUGAAGCGCUCGCCCCAGCCCUCUCAGCAAAUUCAGCUGCCGUAUCAGCAGCAGCAGCCUUCCCCGCAGCAGAUGGUCCAGCAGCAGCCGAAACAGCAACCCUCACCAUGCCAGCCACUACCACCCCAACCUUCGCAACCGUUACAACGUCAGCAGCGAGCUUCAUCCGGCCAACCAUCUCAGCAGCAGAUGUUUUCUCCCACGUUUGUCCCUCCUGUCUUCUCUCCGCCAAGCAUUUCUCCCCCACUGAUAGAUCCCUUCACCCUUCAGCCCAUUGACACAUCCAAGCCCCCACCCCCAAUUGGCGUCCCCCUCCCGGGACCACCACGACAUGUACCCCCUUUAGGGCCUCCGACUACCCCUUUCAGUCAUGCUAACCCCGUCAAGCUGCAUGCUGAGCGUCAGCUAAGCCCUCCCCAGGAGCCAUUGCGAGACCUCAUCCAAAUGCCCCUGAGUUUUCAGCCACGGCCAAAAUACAGAGUCCGCCCGGAGAAAUCAAAGCCCUCUCCUCGUCUUGGAGGUGACGGCUCAGCCUUCGCUGCGCUGCCAGAUGAAGUAUGGGACAGCAUUCCCCUCGGUGGAGGGUAUAACCCAUGUGAAGACAUGGGCGUCCAAGGUCCUUCAGCUACAUUCCCACCCGCAGCAGGGGAUCCAUCGUUGCUUCCCCAGCCGACCGGCCGAGGCAGCCCUGGCCAGACAUGGCAGGACCAGUCGAAAGGAUUUCCAAAGCAGAAGAGAGAUGGCACGGAGGGGCAGAAGCCAUGGGCCAGGAAAGACAAGGCAAAAGGACGUGGCAUAACAAGGAAAGACGGUCAAGGCAUGGUAGGAACGCCUCCACCCAACAAGCCUGCUGGGGCCUACGGCCCAUCAAACCCCACCAGACAGCCCCCAGAGGUGGUGACUUUGGCACUGUCCCAGGAGCAGACCAAGAACGAGUAUGAGUGGCAGAGCUUCAAGAUCAUCCGCAAGGUCAGGAAGGUGCUGGGCAAUCUGAAGGACGAACAGGACGCCGGGAAGGCCGCUGCCGAGAUUGCUGAGAUCAUGAAGGCAGAGUCUGGGCGUCUAGCUUGCUUCCCCUGGCCCAAGGAGCAGUUCGUCGCCCUGGACGAGAUCCUGGGAUGGGGGACGGAGCGGCCGGAGGCAGUGGAGGCCGUCUGCAAGCUGAUUCAGGAGCUUCAUGGACAUCACCCCAAGAACUUCAGAGAAGAUCUAACAAACACACUAAUGAAGAGGCACAUGCAGUACAUAAAGGUAUCCACAGCAACCAAUAAGGAGAAGCUUUAUGCCUCAUACAGCAGCGUAGUAGGUAACCUGUUUGUGCUGUCCCGCAGUGCCAACCACAGUUUCCGAGAGAUCCUGGAUGGGGUGUUGGAUUUGAUUGUCGCUAAGUGGAUCACAUGCAGUGUACAGGAUAGCGAAGAGGAUCCUGUCAUGUUGACUGGUGUCUACACUUUUUGUCUGAGGGCGCUGUUCAUUGUCACUGGUCCCCAUCUGGGCAACCAAAUAGACGAGAGGUAUAACACACUGCUGAGAGACCAGGUGCUAGGGAACCAGCCGAGAUAUGUGAAGGAGGCCAUGCUAGACCUGCUGCUUUUAAGAGCCGUGGGCUGGAAGGGUUUGCCAGAAUUCAAGACGGAGUCCUCAUCAGAUUCCAAGAUUGGAAGAGAAACAGGAGACGAUGCCGAUGACGGACCAGUGCCUGAGGAGAGGCACAGCGCAGUGGAGGGAGAAAAAGUGCAAGAAGACAUAACCCAUCUCGGAGGAAAGGAAAUCAGUGAAGAUAUGGCGCAGACAAAAUUGGGAAUAACUGGUGGUGGAGAUGCCUCAUCUGUCGGUCAGUCAAGACCAGCUGUCAAUGGUGGUGACAGCAUGACUGUAACGGAAUGGACAUCACCAAGCCGCAUUGGCUCAACUGCGAAGUUUCAGCUUCCGACAAGAGAGAUAACAGAGAGGGGGGCCAUCAUGCUUGAUCAAGCCCCUGUUCAUGCACCCCACAUUCCAGCGUUGCCCAUCAGCGAUGGCUUGGCUGCAACCCACCAGACCACUUGGCAACAGUCUGGUUUGGGAGCACCCAUUUCAACCAGAGAUAGUUGGUCUCCGGUGUACCUAAAUCGGCCUCAAGAAACCAUGGCUUUCAGCAGUAGAGGCUCUGCGGCAAAUCAUGCCCUAAUGAGUAAGCCCAAACUUCGCGGAUGCGGACAGCCAGCACAUGCGGACAUUCCCCAAGGAGCAGAACAGAAUUCUCCUCCUGUGGCUCACCCGUACCAGGCCAGCCUCGAGCUUUCCAGCAGGCAACCAACAGAUGGGAGUCCCACAUCCAACUCUGCAGUCCCAGCGAUGCCCUCAUCAGGUUUUGGCCCUGAGACCACCAUCCCAAGUGACACCUGUCCUUCCGCACAAGCAGGAGCUGCUAUGGAAUUAUCAUCUACCUGUAGCCCGAGACCAACGCCUGAGGACCAAGCGAUGCCUUCCACCAACAGCAAUCCGUCCACCAGCUCAGCAAGCAGCUCGACUGAUAAGCAACCGCUAUCUGUCCCGACCACAAGUACCGCAGAACUGACCACUGCAACGUCCAGCCAAGUAAGCGUCACCAGCCUUUGCGCCUCAGAACAGCAUGCUGAACAGUUCCGCCUCCCCGAUACCCAACAGCAAACAGAUGGCUCUGCCUCCAGCCAGCUAUCGGCAAACAACAGCAACAACAACCGCUCUGAGGCAUCUGCUGGUAUCAGAGACCAGCAAAAUGGCGAACAUGACGACGGCAGUAGACUGCUUUCGGGUGAGGAACAGACCUCGACGGACGGAACCGAUUUUCCGACUGGGACAGAGAGUGGUGCUGUUCACAAUGCCACAGAAGAGUAUGGACACCCAGAGCGUGCGAGUGCUGGAUACAGAGAGCCACCAUGCCAUCACGAGAACUUUUGGGACGAGGAGUCGGACAGCACCAGCGAUCUGGAGCAGCAACCUCCAGCUGCCUGGUCAUUGGGAAACUCUAGACCCUCAGAAGUCCUCUUGGAGACCCAGGGAGCGGGAGAGAGUAGAUUAGGCAGGCAGAGUGUCCCAAGUAACCUGGAUGCCACCAAGGACCCGAGCCAAGGAGCUCUUCAUAGACAGGCAGGGAAGGGGUUGUCUAGCCUCUUGCAUUCGGCCGCAGGGCCGCAAAGAAUCAGUCCCAUUGCCUUCGGUAGGGGCGUGAUGAGGCUGGAGCCGUGCAGCAGAACCAGCGGUAGGGGCUCACCUGCCACUGGCUUCAUGACCUCCCCGCUGGCAUUCAUUGAGCCAACCACUGCACCCCAGAGUCUUGCCGCCAGGAAGGGCACAGGCAGUAAAGGGAGAGAAGGUACCAUUGAGCAGUCAGAGAAUGAGACAGACACAAAGCAGGUACUUCAUGCUGGCUUGCUUCAAGAGAACACUGUAUCAUCCACAGUAAGUCUUGUUUCAAACUCUGGACCAGGAGGUAGUGCUGGCAAAAUUGAAACACAAAACUUGGGACAAUCUCAGGAAAACGGAGUGGAUGAUGACCCAAAAGCACCACCGGAUCUCCCGGUUGGUGAAACAACUCCAUCAGAGGCAAUUUGUGUGGAUUCAGUUUCCCGACCAAAGAUGAGCAAUUUCCAAAAAGUCCUUCAGCCAGCCGUCGACAUCACUGCUGAUUACUUUGAGGAGACAAACACUCAAGAUGGGCAGCGCAUUCAAGACAUCUUCAGAAAGACGGGGUUCAAAGUGCCGGAGUCUGAGAGAGCAGAGCAGGCAGUGGUUGUCGAGGGAAACCAAGCUGCAGAAAGCAACGUGGAACCCGCUGAUGGCAUUCCGGACACAAAAAGCCAGGGGGUUUCCAACCAAGGAGCGACCACAAGGGACCUGCUUCAAGAUGUCACUUCACCAUCACUGGGGGAAGAGCCACUCUCAGGUUUGCCAUGCCAGUCCACCGAAUCUGGCGAGCAGUUAAUAAUGUUGUGCCCUCUGUGCGGCAGUGACAAGCACCGGACCCGCCAGUGCGCCGUGUUCAAGAAGUACGCCCCGCGGGCCAGUACGUCCGACGGACAAUCGGACCCCGAGGAAGAGACCCCCAGUGUUCAGAAACCGAAGAGGGAGUCCCAAUUUGGGAAGACUUUCUUCUGCAGCAAGUGUGGCAAGGAGGGUCACCUCACCUAUGACUGUCCAGUCAAGGGACACUUUAACAUCUUUAACCAGUUCCCGUGACCGAUCCAAUCUUCCUUCCCCCAGUUUCAUCCAGCAUUUCUUAUUAGAGAUACUUUACGAGGGAACCAGGGAAGAAAAUGAAAAACAAGACCAAAAUGACCCUGUCACUUUUUAAUGGCAUACUGGCUUUCCGUGAAUGUGGAGAAGAACCACUCCAGAAAUAUGCUUGACAGCUAGCCAUGUGUUGCGGUGUACUAUGACGGGCAGCACAAGAACCAGUGACCUCAAUAGAGAGUGUAGCCAGAUACCCAUUUAAGAAAACAAAUUAACCCAUACUUUGAAGAAAAAGUUUGAAAAGCAUGCAUGAAAAAGGCAUUUAAGUUGCCAGUUCUGUCUCACCCAAAACAAAAAUUCUUUUGGGCACAGACUUGAAAGGUUUUCGGUGCAGCCUGGCUUUUAUUGUAAAGGUUUCCAGCAGAAACCUUUUUGAAAUCUUUCUUUGUCACUUUCUGAAAAGUCACUCCAUGUCAGUAAUUUCUAGAGAGACUUGGUUUUUGGUCGUAUGUCCCAUAGCUUGACACUGGUUCUUGACAUAAACAUAACAGUCUGGUACCCAGGUACUGUGUCCUGAUAAACAAAUGUACGUGGACUCCCAUACCAUAGUUGUGGGGACAUGCACUCGACAUUCCACCUAUUUUGUGGGGACCCAAAGCGUUGUGGGGACUCCCUCCCCAUGAGGGUAGUAACACUUGAGCUUUCGUGCAACCAUCACAGCUUUCUGGAGAGUGUGCAGCUCGAUGCUAUCACUGUACAUGCAGAUGGCUAAACAUGGUAGCCAUGUCUGCUCGCGUUGGUUCCCAUCUGCAUUUUGAUUCAAUGGAAGCAUGACCAGUGACCUUUAUAAUGAAAAUGGGGGACAACUGAGCUCCAAGCUACACCCAUUGUAAAGCUCUAAUUGGCAUUUGCAGAAAUCUUUCUUCGAAACAGCUAAAAAAGGGACUCCAAAAGUAUUCAUCUUGACUUUUAUUAUUUUGUUACUCAAUGACACAUGAAGUGCUUAAAAUGAUUUAAAAUCACAGCAGUUAUUUUGUCAACGGGAGAAUGGCUAUGAAAAAAAAUUGAAAUUUGAGCACUGUUUCAAAGGGCAGUGUGGAAGUAUUGUUUAAAUUCAAAUGCAGCGGGAAUUUGAAAGUACAAAUGAAGCCAUUAAUUUUAACCUGAAUUUGUUUCCAAAUCUGAUGGUUUUUUUGCAAAGGCAAUCAAUAUUCUUCUGGAUUUGUAAGGCUAAGAAAAAGGCUGGAAUUAUCACUUACAUGUACCUCUGGUUGCUACACACUUUGCAUCUUCCCUUGAUGCGCUCCAAAUAAUCCAAGAGUCGGUUAGGCGAAAGACCUCAGCACACUCCACACAAUCUUGCCAAUAACAUGGUAGCCAAUCAAAGCUAAUUUGUUUUGCAUUUCAGUGCCAAUAUAUUGCCACAACGUAAAGACAACAAAUGCAUCUUCUUUUGGGGACACAGAUUGUCUUUAGUAUGAACAGUUAUAGAUCACAUGAGUUAUGGAAGGUUAUUGAAAGUUAAAAUGAUCUUUGGUAAUAGUGCAGAUCUCUGAAUACUUGUUAAAAUCAAAAUACGUGUAUACUGCAUUUGGAUAUCGUUACAUGUACCUAUCUUGAAGCAAACUUGAAUUCUCAAUUCUGAUCCAUGGCAACAGUAUGACCUGUAACUGUACUGCACAGUUCAUAUCAAACCCCGAUGAUGCACUAUUCUAACUCUGUGCAUUGUGCUGUUUUCAUGCGAAAAGCAGAACGCGCAGCUGUGAAGUUGACUGUAUAUUCAAACCUGGCACUUUUGCAUGCAUAGGCCCCUGUAACAUCUUCACUGCACAUCAAGUUUUCUUGAAGAUAAAUUGUUAUCACGCUUGUGUGAUAACUAAUAAGUACGUUUGGGCAAGAUUGAAAGAUCAACCAGCAAUGGCAUUCAGUGAGAACACCAUCUUACAAAAUCUGGGUCUUGUCAGCCUAUAUUUCUAUUCCUCAUAAGAUAACUGAAAUAUCUGCUGCAUUCCCAAGUCAUGAACUGGUGAGAACUAAUUGGGCUGCAAGACAAGAAGUCUUUCUGAGCAGAAAGGCUGUAAGACGCCCAAGCCUUAUGAAGCACGUGUGCAAAUAACACAGUGCCAGUCUAGUCUUCAACUGCAGUGUUGUUAGAGUUGCCAGGUUUGGGGCAAAAUUCUUUGACAAUGUGUAUUUACAUGUAGGCAUCUACAGAGGCCUUAAUUUCAGGCUCUGGACUUGAACCCAACUGCGUGAAAUUGUCAAAAACAAACUGGAUCUAGAUUGUACUACUGUGCAAUGCACAUGUACAAAUGGCUUUUAUGCUGGAUUUUGUACACUUGAGGCUACAAUAUAAGCUAUAAAUAAGGUGAACUCAAGCAGUUCCUCUGCUUAGUUGAGUAGACGAAGAAUGGGGGGAAAUAUGUCACUGCCAUAGUUUAAUUUAAUGCCCAUGAAGUGUUUAUCACGUUGUAUACUGUUUCCAUACUUCUGUGUUCAUUCUUAUACAAUUGUAGUUUUCAAUAAAAAGAGGUUUAUUUACGGUAGUUUGUGAACUGUA